AUGAACAUGAAGAAUAUUUCUGCACCAAAUAUUUCAUUCACAGACUUCAUAUUAAAUGGUUUUUACAGCCUAGGGGAAUGGAGGCCCUUUUUAUUUAUUCCUUUCUUGCUGAUGUUUUUAUUGUCUAUCACAGCAAAUACUAUUCUCAUAUAUUUAAUUAUAUCUCAAAAGUCUCUGCAUUCUCCUAUGUAUGUACUAAUAGGUUUAAUGGCUGUUGUAGACUUGAUCUUGCCUAUAUUUUUUGUACCCAACAUGCUUCUUAUCUUUUUAUUUAACUGGAGUGGGAUAUCUCUAGUUGGUUGUUUAAUACAAAUGUUUUGCAUUCAUUAUGUUGGAGCAUUUCAGUCCACUUUGCUUUUGUGGAUGGCACUGGACCGUUACUUUGCAAUAUGCAAACCUCUUUAUUAUCAUAAAUACAUGGAAAUCCCUAACUUUCUAAAGUUUGUUGUUGUCCCAUUAAUCAGAAAUGGACUCCUGAACAUCACCAUGGUCUCUCUGGCUGGAAAACUGUCAUUUUGUUUAACAAAUGUGAUCGAUCACUGUUUUUGUGAGCACAUGGCAUUGGUUCAGUUAGCAUGUGGUGAUAUAUCUAUUAAUAACUUGGUUGGACUUUUGACUGCUUUCCUUAUACCAACUGCAGAUUUUAUUCUCAUUACUGCUUCCUACAUUGUGAUUUUUACCUCUGUGUUUAAAUCUGGUAAGGCCCAAAUGAAGGCCAUAAACACCUGCAUUACUCACAUCAUUGUAAUGACAAGUAGUUUGAUUUUUGCCCUGAUUGCAUUUAUGUCAUACAGAAUAAGAAAUAAUUUUUCUACCAAUAGUCGUGUAUUUGUGAGCACAAUGUACUUACUUUUUCCAAGUUGUUUAAACCCAAUUGUUUAUGGAGUGAGAACAAAAGAAAUAAGAGAAAGGUUUCUUCAGUUUAUUAGAAAAGUAUAAUCUGUAUAUAUCUGUAUAUAUGAAAAAUAUGUCUCUGUCCAUUGUUAAGAAAUCUAAAAAAAAAAAAAAAAAAAAGGUCAAUAACAUAAUGUGCUGAUACUGUAACAUUUUAAUAAGGAUGUGUUGUUUUGUUAAAGCUAUAGUUUAAACAGCUAUGUAGGCCCUAUCUGAAAAUAUGAGACUGAAAAUAUGUAGCUAAUAAUGGACAUACUGUAAACACUGAUGGUAAUUUAGAAGAAUGAGAUCCUUGUGCACAAUUUUUGUAUACAGAAAUGGAGGAGUUAAUAAAGCAAAAGAAAGAAAGAAAGAAAGAAAAAAGAAAUACACAGCAUUCUCCAAUUCUCCAAUUCCUCCAAGAAGCUACAAUUUUACAAUUUUUACAAUUGUAGCCAAGAAGCUACAUUUUUUCUCAUGCCUGCUCAAAAAAAUCUACAAAAUAGAACCUUUUACUCCAUUUAUACUAGUCUCCUUGUAAGAGAAAUACAACCAAUUGCUCUUUUUGUGCUUUUCUAUUUGUGCUUACUGAUAUAUAUACACACCUCUAAGAAACCAAUUUCUAUGGA